AUGAUACUAAAAAAGGCAGUAAAGAUUGAUCGCGAUACAACAUUCGAAUCUUCUUUGAACGAUAUUAUCGUACCGGGACGAACUACAGCUGAAGGCAUGUAUGACUCAAAUAUUGUAUCAAAAACCUUAAUGGUUACGCGCAGUGAAACACCAGAAGAAGAAGUAACCCGAGAGGAAACUGAUUUGAAACAAAAAACGAAAGAGUCUGCCAUGGAUAUUACUGUACCUAGAGAUUUUGAUGACGAAUAUUAUUAUCGGAUUAUACCGCGUCAAACUGAAAGCAAUCGAGCCAGAACAAUUUAUACACCGACGACAAUAGAAUAUAAGGAACAAUUCACUGGUCAUGAAUUUAGUGAAGUGUUUACUCGUCGUAAAUUGCAUGAUCAAACGGUUGGCUUCUCACCUGACGGAGAUGAAAUAGUAUCAAGACGUAUAGAAGAAAAAAUUCGGCCGUUAGAAAAACGUCUUGUACAUUAUGGAAAAACCAAACAAGGUGCAUGUCCUAUAGUGGAACAAUUCGAUUUGCAUGCAAAUAUGCAAGAGUUGCCUGAUUAUGCCGUGUAUGAAGAAAAUUUAGAACAGGCUUUAAUCUAUAGAUUACAGAAACAAAGUGGGUCAGACGAACAAGAUGAUGCAACGAUCGGUUUUGAAAAGCAACAACAAACGAAUAAAAUGUCAUUCAUCUCACGUAGCGUGUCACCAGCAGUCAAAUCGGACGAUUAUCGUUCCAGUCACUCUGGUCCAGUAAAUCGAUCAGGUAAAAGCUCUAAACUCAAGAUCAAAGAGGAAGAAAAACUGUUACCUGCUGACAGUUGUACGGCUCUGGAUCUCGGUAUCAUUCAUCCAUUCGUUUUACAACAAAAGAAUUUAAUCAAUAAACUAUCCAUUCUCACAUCCGAAGAAGAAAAAGCUCCAUCGGAAGCUAUCGAACAAGAAGAAGUGCUUAAUAAACCGGCAAGUAUAAAAACAAUCGCAGAAAGAAAAACGGGACUUCCCGAAAUCAAUGAACAAGGAACAACGGUAACAGUCGAAGAAACAAAAAGCAGCAACAAUCGAAAAACGGUGACAAUCAUGACACCCACCCAACAACAAUUAGAAGCCGGAGAACUAUCAACACCAGGUAAACGAAUUUCAACAACAAGUCAGACAAUAUUAGCGAAACGAUCGUUGACACCUAAAAGAUUAUCGCUUUUUAAAGCAGUAUCUAAAACAAGCCGAGCAAAAAUCGAACCGAAAACGAAUAAAAAACAACAAUUAACAGUGAUGGCGAGAGAAGAGGCGAUAACAACUACUGAACCAUUGACUUCGACAUCGUUCACUCAGAUCACAGAAGCUUUUGAUUUUGUUCAAAAUAACACAGAACAAGGUUUUAGAGCUGAAAAAGAUCAGUCUACACCCAUUCAGUCACCGAUUGUUUCAACAACACGUGAAGCAAAAGCCGUAUUUCACCGUGUGGGUGGAAAAUUAACUAGAAAGAAGAGUAGAAAGAAGAAAACAGGCGGAGAGAAAAAGAGUAAUAGAGAUAAGAAGAGUAAAAUCAAAAAAUCACUAACUUCAUCGAAAAAACGGGCAGUUUCCGAUGAUAAAGAAAGUAAAAAGAAAGCACAGAUGGGACAAAUCAAUACUAGCAAUAAGAGUGUUCCAGCAAUGCCGAGGAAGGCAGUACCAUUCGUAUCGAUAAAACCGGCCGAACAAGAAGACGUGGUGGAUGAACCAUCGAUAAAGAAAAAACGGAAACGAUCCGGUAAGCAUUAAAUUAACUAAUUACUAUCGAAACGGAAAGGUCGUGCCGGUUGCCGUUUUUCAAAUAACUUUUUAACGAAAGGUCUUAGCGGCCUGCGGUUUUCACCAUCGUAUAGAGGACGAUUUUUGACGCAAUCUUAACAGUAAGC